UAGAUUUUUCGUCAUUAUGGACCAAGGACCUUCAGUAAGUAUAUUUUAUUUAUUUGUUAAUUGUCAUUUCAUGGGAUUUUUCAUGUUUUUUGUUAUUCAGACUAGAAGUGCAGGCCAAGAUUCGCGGCAGCCGCCAACUUCUGACAUGGACCAUGAAGCUAGACUACUGUGCAUAGUAGACGAUAUGUGCACUAAGGAUAUUUUGGACCGUCAUUUGGGUUUUGUCACUCACAAAACCCAAGAAGAACCUUUGGCAACGUUUUCCAAAAAGGACAUACACUAUUUAAAUCUACAAAAAACGAUGUACAUCGAUGCGUGCGCUGCGUCCUCUAGUUUCACCAUCGAACGGUGUGCAAUGUUCGAGGAGGACGGCGAUGUUGGUGCAAAGGUAAUGGCCGCAAAGCAUUUAAAGAGUGGCACUGUGAUUAGGGAACUGUGUGGUAGGCUGGUGACGGUUAGAGAAUCAUUCCUGAAGCCUGGGCGAAAUGAUUUUUCUGUCGUUCACAGCAACUACAUCAAGAAGUCACAGUUAUGGUUGGGUCCAGCUGCUUACGCAAACCACGAUUGCGAAAGCAAUUGUGAAAUUCAUUAUUUAAGGAGCGGUGUGGCAUGCCUUCGUACCAACAGGCCAAUUCCAGUCGGUGAGGAGAUCACGGCUUUUUACGGGGAUAAUUAUUUUGGUGAAAAUAAUGUGCAUUGCCUUUGCACGACUUGCAAAGAAAAAGUGGAAGGUGUGUAUGCCAAUACUGAACCUCCACUAAUAGAAAAACCGUUUCUCCAAUGUGCCCAUUGCCCUACGAGGUUCCGAUAUAAAUCGUGGUUGGUGCGGCAUCUUUUGAGGCACGUGCAAAUCGAUAAGUUUGCAUGUGGAGAAUGCGGUGAGUCUUUCAGCAGGAAAUCGUCAUUGAAGAGGCACGCCAAAAGACACGAUACCGAAUUAACAAAAUUUCAAUGCACGCUAUGUCGAAAGUCUUUCACGCGGAAAGAAGAUGCCACUCGCCACGAGAACACCGUCCACCUUAAAUUGUCAACUCACAAAUGCACGGAUUGUGAAUUGACAUUUAAGACCAAAAAGGAGAUGCAGUAUCACCACAAUCGUAGUCACACUGGAUUAAAACCAUUUUCAUAUAUCACUGGUUCCGACUGCCGUAGCUGCCAAUCGGAUUAUUUUUUUGUAGCCGUUGUUCGGUUCGUGGAUUAG